UGUAACAAAAAACUGCAGAGGCCUAAACCCUUUCGUGUCAACCCUUAACCUCAACAGCUCACAAGCAAAACAGCAUCACUCUGCUCAGCCGUUUCCUUUUUUUGUCCAAAAAGGUACCUUUUUCUCUCUCUCUGGAAUGAACUGAAAACUACUACUCCUCUUUCUCAGCUGUAAGUAAGACCAAACCUAAGCUGAAAGCACCAUAACCAUUUGCUUUUCUUGCCAACAAUGGCUGAAACAGAGCAUACCCAUCAGCCCCCACUCACGGCUGAGGAAGAUAUCAUACCCCCACCUUCACCAGAACCACUUCUUGCUUCAGUUGAAGUUGAAUCAGUGGUAGAAGCUGUAGAGGAGCAUCACUCUGUUGUUACUGUUGUUGAAAAGGAAGCUCCUUUAACUGAACCUCCACAAGAACCAACAACAACAACUCUUGUUGAAGCUCAACACGUCUCUCUUACUCUUCCUGAGAAAGAACCUACUGAAUCUGACAAAUCUAAACCUGUUGAAGAGAAAAAGAUCCCUCAAUCUUUGAUUUCAUUUAAAGAAGAAAGCAAUAAAGUUUCAGAUCUAUCUGAUUCUGAGGUAAAGGCACUUGAAGAACUUAAAUUUCUUGUUCAGGAAGCUAUUAAAGAUCAGACCUUUACUACUGGAACAACAGAUUUGCCUCAGGAAGUAUCCAUUUGGGGUGUGCCACUAUUGAAAGAUGAUAGGAGUGAUGUUAUUCUGCUUAAGUUUCUUAGAGCUAGAGAUUUCAAGGUUAAGGAGUCAUUUGCUAUGUUAAAGAACACUAUUUUAUGGAGAAAGGAGUUUAACAUUGAAGAACUAGUAGAUGAAAAUCUUGGGGAUGAUCUUGAAAAAGUAGUGUUUAUGGAUGGUCAUGACAAAGAGGGACACCCUGUUUGUUAUAAUGUGUAUGGGGAGUUUCAGAAUAAGGAAUUGUAUAACAAAACAUUUGGAGAUGAGGAGAAGAGAAACAAGUUUUUGCGCUGGAGGAUUCAGUUCUUGGAGAGGAGUAUAAGGAAGUUGGAUUUCAGUCCUGGUGGAAUCAAUACUAUAUUUCAAGUCAGUGACCUCAAGAACUCACCUGGUCCAGGGAAAAGGGAACUUCGAAUUGCUACUAGGCAGGCCUUGCAAUUGCUUCAGGAUAAUUAUCCGGAAUUCGUUGCUAAGCAGGUAUCAUAAUCCUUUAGUGAAUGAAUCUUGACUC